AUGACUAGUGAUCCUCAAGCUUCAACCACAAUGUCGAAUCAUAAUCAAGAGCCGUUUGCCAACUUAUCGGCUGACGAUAUUGAUAAUCAACUAUCAGAAAUUGAAAGUCUUUGUAUGAACUGCCAUGAACAAGGUCAAACACGUUUGUUAUUAACGCGUAUACCAUUUUAUAAAGAAGUUAUUCUUAGUUCAUUUACAUGUCCAUUUUGUCAUUUUACAAACAAUGACAUUCAACCAGCCAAUCGUUUUGAACCAUAUGGCAUUAGUAUUACUGUUUAUGUUCAAAAUGCAAAAGACUUAAAUCGACAAUUUGUUAGAUCAGGUUACGGUAGCAUUGCCAUAGCUGAGUUAGGUUUUGAACAACCAUGUAAUAAAGAGAGUGGAACAUUAACAACUAUAGAAGGUUUUCUUGAUAGUGUAAUUGAUAAUAUAAUGAAAACAGUAAAACAAGUCGAACAAACCAUUGAUGGUUUAAAUCACGAUGAACAACAGACGAAAGAGAAUCCAAAAGAACAUGUGACUGAUAGUGUAAAUCACGAUGAUUCACCUGAAUUCGAAGAACAAAAGACAAAACUUUUAGCAUUCGUUCAACGUUUAACGGCAAUGAAGAAUUUAGAAGAAAAAUUUCAUUUUGAACUUAAUGAUCCAAGUGGUAAUAGUUGCAUUGAAAAUCCUUUUGCUCCGUAUCGUGAUGAUACAACAAUAAUUAAAAAAUAUAAACGUACACCGGAACAAAAUGAAUUAUUAGGCAUUGAUGAGAGUGAAAUAAAGCAACCAGACCAACAAGAAAUAACUGAUGAAGAAAUAUUAUUGUUUCAAACUAAUUGUCCAUCAUGUAACGCCCCAUGCGAUACAAAUAUGAAAGUAACAAAUAUUCCGCAUUUCAAACAAGUUAUUAUUAUGGCAACAUCGUGUGACUAUUGUGGUCAGCGUUCAAACGAAGUUAAAUCAGGUACGGGUAUAUCGGCAACUGGUAUUCGUUAUCGUUUAACUAUGACUGAUAUAUCGGAUUUGAAUCGAGAUAUAUUGGUGUCCGAAACAGCUUUAUUUUCCAUACCUGAUAUCGAUUUUGAAUUAUCAUCAGCAUCAGUUGGUGGUCGUUUUACCACAAUUGAAGGUUUUAUAACAAUGAUUAAAACACAAUUAACAAAUAUUAUCAUGCCAUUUAGUGGUGGUGACAGUUCGAAUGAAUCAAGUGAUAAAAAUAAAAUGAAAAAGUUUCUGAAUGAUAUUGACCAAAUAAUAAGCGGGACAAAAUUUGUUACAAUUGUUUUAGAUGAUCCAGCGGGAAAUUGUUAUGUGCAAAAUGUUUAUGCACCUGAUGUUGAUCCACAAUUGACACUUGAACAUUAUGAACGUACACAUGAAGAAAACGAAAUGUUAGGUUUAAAUGAUAUUCAAACAGAGAAUUAUCAAAAUGAAACAGCUUCCUAG